AUGAUCAGCCCAUUAUCUCCAUUAUCAGCUCCUACUUCUCACAUCCAAGCAACCAUAACAUCUUUCUCCAAGCCUUUACCAAACAUCUCCUUCAAAAUGCAGUUCAAAGCCAUUGCUCUCACUGCCAUCGCGGCCAUUACCCCAUUCACUGCUGCUGUUGGACACGCCAUCGUCGAGAACCACUGUGAUAACAACGCAUACCUCUGGUCCGUUGGUGGCUCCGUUGGUCCCCAGCAGACCAUCACUCCCGGACACACAUACUCUGAACAAUUCAGAUACGACCCAGUUAGCGGAGGUAUCGCUCUCAAGAUCACUCGUGUUAAGGAUGGCAUCUACAACGGUUCUCCCCAAACCAUCUUUGCCUACACCCUGACGGACACAAACACAUUUUAUGAUCUCUCCGAUGUCUUCGGUGAUGCCUUUGCCGGAACCAGCGGCUUGCUGGUUUCUACUUCCAACCCCGACUGCCCCGACAUCUGGUGGCCCAACGGUGUCCCACCAACCGGCCAGAAGUUUACUUCUGCCUGCCAAAGAGAUGCCGAUAUCACCCUUACUCUCUGCGCUCAGCCGCCAAAAUAA